CUUUCACUUCGGGGGUCCAAUAUCUGCGGAAUAUCGGUUCAAUUACACGAUCAAGGACUUGGAUUUACGCUACUGAAUCAAAGGAAGGAUUAAUCGAAGGACAGACACAAUGGUUGGACGACUUGCUGGCAAGAAUGCUAUCGUUACCGGUGCGGCGGGCGGCAUCGGCCUCGAGACCACGAUCCUCAUGCUCCGCGAGGGCGCGUCCGUCCUGAUGACUGACGUCAGCGGGCCGGGGCUCGAGAAGGCCCUCGCCAAGGUGCGCGAGGUCGUGCCCCAGCACGACGGCCGCGUCGAGACGCGCACCGUCGACGUGUCCAAGGAGAGCGAGGUCGAGGCCGCCGUCGCCCACCUGGACGCCUGGGGCGGCGUCGACGUCAUGUUCAACAACGCCGGCAUCAUGCACGCCCAGGACGGCGACAGCGAGCAGACCCCCGAGAACAUCUGGGACCUGACCAUGAACAUCAACGUGAAGGGCGUGUGGUUCGGGUGCAAGCACGCCGUCAAGAGUCUGCGCAAGCACGGCAAGAAGAAGGGCAGCGUCAUCAACACGGCCAGCAUGGUGGCGCUAGUCGGCGCCGCCACGCCGCAGUUGGCCUACACGGCCAGCAAGGGCGCCGUGUUGGCCAUGACCCGCGAGUUGGCGAUUGUGCAUGCGAGAGAAGGAUUCCGAUUUAACUCGCUGUGUCCGGCUCCUUUGAACACCCCCCUGUUGCAGGAUUGGCUCGGCGAUGACAAGGAGAAGCGCUUCCGCCGCGAGGUCCACUUCCCCACCGGUCGCUUCGGCGAGGCCAUCGAGCAGGCCCACGCAGUCAUCUUCCUGGCCAGCGACGAGAGCAGCUUCGUCAAUGCCGCGGACUUUGUGGUGGACGGCGGUCUCACCAAGGCCUAUGUCACCCCGGAGGGUCCCGCCACUGAGGCCCCCAAGAACCAGGCCUCUUAGAACCAGGUAUUCCCGCUUGCGCUUUUCCAAGCUGGUCUUGUGGAGGAGGGAUGCUGCGAUGAGUCAUGAAACUAGUGUAUAUUUAGAAUCGAGACGCCGUGGACGGUAGACGGUAGUUUUUUCCUUGUUUAUGCAAACGAUAUCCAGAUUUGAUUCUGCUCCAUCGCUCGACAGAUGUUCCAGGGCCCCGCCUCCUCCAGCGGCAUCUGCCACAUGUGCUCGAGGAGUAGCUUCGUGCGGUGCAUAUUCCCCAGCCCGAACGUAGACACCAUCGUCGUCAACCGCUG